AUGAGGCCGCUGCUUCAUCAUGCUUCACGCUUGCUUGCGCCAUUGCUAGUGCCCACGACGCGAGCUGGGGCAGGAUUUGCGCCAGCAAUAUGCUCGACAUGUCAGUACCGGAGGGGUGAUGGCUUCCAAUUGAACGGCAGGAGCAUACCCGAACCAUGCUCGCGACGGCCAUUUUCCACCUCGAGGAGAUGGAGGGAGGAUAGAAAGGAGGGCGAUCCGUCACAGCCCAUUUCAAUGCCACCACCGUCGCCAGAAUCGCAAAACACGGGAGACAGUAGGCCUGCAUUCACAGACAGCCCGUCGUUGCAAGAGAGACAAGAGCGACUUCAGAGGGAAUUCGACGAGAUACAGAGACAGGCCGAGGAGCAAAAGGUGCGGGAGAAGGCACAGAAGUUGCGGGAAGAGGAGGAGGCGCGCCGGCAGGCAGAGGAGAGGGCACAAGAACAGCGGCGUCUGCAACAACAGGAACAGGCUCGAGCAGCCCAAGUCCAAGCCACGGAAACAACACUCAAGAAAGAGGAGGUCGACGACAACAUUGCUCGUGUACCGGAUGAACAGCUCCCAUCCCAUCGCGAACGCCAACGAUGGAGUCUCUCCAAGCGCCUCUCAGACGCCAUGGACAAUCUCCUGCCCAAGCUUGCCCUGGUCACGCAAAAGGUCAACACAUAUACCGGUACAGACUACUCUGGCGUCGAAGCCCUGCGUCGAGAGAUUCAGGAACAAGAAAAACUGGUCAAAGCCCGCCGCCUGGCCAUUGACGAGAAGAAGCAAGCCCUCGACACCGCCCUCGCCCACCAAGCCGCAUCCCAGAAAGAAGUCGUCGCGCUCCUCGAGCGCAAACACUCAUGGUCCUCGAGCGAUCUCGAACGCUACAUGUCCCUCAUCCGCUCCGAACACAUCAACGACCAAGCCGUGCGCGAGGGCAAAGAAGCCGUCGCCAAUGCGGAAAACGCGCUUGAGGAAGCCCGGGCACAGCUCGAGAAGCGGGAACGUGCACAGUACCACGAAGAGCAAAUCUGGAGUGACACGAUUCGCAGAAACAGCACUUGGGUCACCUUUGGUCUCAUGGGCGUCAAUAUCUUCCUCUUGCUCUUGAGCCUGGCUGUACUCGAGCCCUGGAGACGCAGGCGCAUGGUGCGUGAGAUCAAGACGGCGUUGGAAGCCCAAAUCUUGGCCAUGGAGAACACACCGGCUUCCACAACGCUCACUCCGGCGGCUGCUGCGGCGGCAGAGGCGGCGGCGGCGCAGCAUGUCAUACCGGUAGGUGGACUCUUUGACGUUGGCGCUGAACCGACCACUGAAUUCUUCGAGGCCUCGGAACCCAUUGGCGAUGAAACCCUCGCUCAAAUACCACCACAGACUUCCGCCACUUCAUCGUCAACAACUACACCACCCACCCCCACCGUCGUCGUACAAGACCCGCCCACGCUCGUCGAUCCGGCACUCGAGUCGGACACUCCCGAUCCUGCUUCUACGCCUCCUACGCCGCAAGAUUCCCUUCCCGUGGCCACAGACUUCGAAGACGCGCCAUCUUCUCCCCGCUCCACCCUUCAACAAUGGCAGCAUCACGUCCGCGCCGCGGCCCUGGAUGUAGUCAGCGAUCGUGUGAUUUCCAUACGCAGGAUUGAUUACACGGCUGCUGUGUUGCAGGGGGCUGCCGCAGGUGCAGUGAUUACUGCCGCGUUGGUUGCGCUGUGGAGGGGGGGUUGA